AUUGAAAGAGGGGCGUGGUAACUCCCCUAUGUGAAACACUCAAGAUCAUCAAUGAAGCUAGCCGGCCAAAGCUUCAGCUAGUCUGGCUAUAAGUGUGUUCUACUAGCUUCUGAGUGUGGGAAAGAGACUAGACAAUGACCUCCUACAAUGCCACAGAUAUUGACCAACUCGGGUUCUUACUCAACAGGGACCCCUACGAUUCACAAACACAGGUGCUGCGAUCGUUCCUGAGUAGGUUUUCACCGAGUUCAGUGGUGAAGCUCAUCAAUCAUCCUAUCAAGCGUUACAGUGGACAGACGUCCGUUCAUCUAGCUGCCGCUAAUGGACUCUGGGAGUGUCUUGAGAUAUUGCUCUCAUUCGGAGGCAACCCGAAUGCAACCUCUGCACCACCAGACCUCUGUCAGACUCCUCUCCACCUGGCCGCUAGGAAAGGCUACGAACUUUGCUUGCAAAUUCUCCUCGAGAACGGUGCUAAAAUGGAGUUGAGAAACACACGCCAGGAGAAAGCCAUCCACUUGGUCCGAGGGAAGGUCAACUGUGAGAGAGUGUUCAAUCAUGCCAUAGCACGAUUCCAGAUACCAAAGAGGACCAGGGAACAGCAACAACGAGUGGACGAUCUCCACUCCAUGUUAGCGGAGGAGAAGUUCGACCAGUUCUACCAGCUGUACGAGCAGCUUCCUCCAGACCACAGGGACUUGGCAACCAGAUGGACUGACUUCUAUCAGAACACUCUGCUAUACAGAGCCGCUACCAACAACCUGGAGAAACCUGUCGCCUUCCUCCUCGAUCGUUCCCCUAACCAGCCCCUACACAACCUGGACACGUAUGACACGCCCCUCCUCAUCGCGUGUCGAAACAACAACCUUCAGAUUGUCACUAUGCUGCUCAGCCACUCCCCAAACCUGGUCUUCAUCCAAGAUGCUCACUCUAAACGCUCCCCCCUCCAUCACGCCUGCUCUCGGGGGAAAAUCGAAAUGGUCGAUGCUAUUUUAACAGCUCUGGACAGAGUGAUACAGCAUAACGCUGGAAAACAUCAGCAAAAAUAUACUCUGGAUUUUAUGGACGAUUUGAAUCGAACACCCCUCUUCAAUGCGUGCUAUUACGGUUUUACGGACAUUGUCGAACGACUGAUUAAAUUCCAGAAAGAACGCAAGGAUGUCCUCACGCUCAAUGUUAACAGUGCUAUCAAGAGUUCACAGCGGACCCCCCUCCACGUGGCUGUUAAAAAAGGAGCAGUUGAAAUCGUGAAAAUUCUUCUAUCAACGGAGGACAUCGAGAUUAGCCCUGAGGCAAGACCGUCGAAAGACACGCACAAACAAUUAGUCCAUCUCAUUCAAAAGCAACGUCAUGGUCGAAUGCUGCCUUCGGACAUGAGCUUUGACGAAACAAACGAACCCUCGAGUGACCCCUGUUCCCCCGAAAAACAGUUUAUCCCCUCACAAAAUAAAUCCUCUGCCACACCCACCCCCACGUCCUCAUGGUCCAACCUGCAACAGCCGCUUACGAAUUCGUCCGAAUCGCCCUCAAGCGGUUUACACACCCCAACAGACGAAGUGAAAUCCCCUCCUGCUGGCUCGGAACGAGUUCAUGCUUUCACCAUGCCCAAGCAACGCCCCAGUGACAGGAAAAUUAGUACUGAUAGUACAGACAGUGGCAGCAGGCCUAUUCGUUCCAUCUCUGGUGCUGUGUCCCCUGGAGAAUCGUCUAUAGGAGUUUUUCUCGGUCACACGGGCAAGUUAGAAGUUUUGCCAAAGGAUACCAAUUCAGGAUAUACGAUAUUCGACAAGUUGUUAGUCACGCCCCUCGCCGAAGCAUGUGUGUACGGCAAGAAAGACAUUGUACGUACAUUGCUGGAGCGUGGAGCAAAAGAUGCCGGCGGUUUGUCGUGUCGAAUAGCACAUCUUCUACAAAACACUGAACUUAUGCAGUUGAUUCUAUCGUUCGAUUGUUCGUUAGUGGAACCUACAAAAGAACAAAAGAAAAAGUACGGUAAACGUGCUCCGCAUUGGCUUCAUCUACUAUGGAGCAGCAAACUCCUCCCACAAUGCAGCGGAACUUGGUUUUCAGACGACGUCAUUUUUCGUCCCGUAUUAAUCAGCGAUUCUGGCGACACUGGAACGUACGGGAGAUCGCGCCGCGAGGGAACCCCGGAAAUCCCUCAACUGACAACGGUUCACUCGAAUCGAAUUUUGGAUAUUAGUCUCGAUACUAACAGUCUUACUGAAGUACCUAUUGAAGUUUUCAAACUGCCCGAAGUCCACGAAAUCAACCUGUCUCGAAAUGCCAUCACCAAACUGCCUGAAGCUGUCUUGACUCCGAAUGCAGGACUAUUGUUGGGCUGGGAAUGCACUAAUCUGGUGGAUUUAAACAUCUCGAGAAACAAGCUGCAGUCGCUACCGUCUUGCGUGUGGUUACUCCCUAAAUUGCAAUCGCUUCGUGUUGCGAAUAACGAACUAGCGAGCUUAUUACCCAACUUGAGUAAUAUCGACGUAGAUUCUCUCACUCAGUCUCUGUCAUUUAUAGACGUGUCGAACAACAAGUUGAAAGCAAUCCCAGACUUUGUUUUCAAAUUUAAACAACUCAAGCAAGUGAAUAUUUCGUCCAACUCCCUGACUUCCAUCCCUGAGACACUAUGGUUGUGUAAGUCUCUUCAAGAACUUGAUUUGAGCAAAAACAAACUAACAGUUCUACCUUGGUGUGAACCUGAAGACUCAAUGGAGGAUUCUAGAGAUAUUCAGGUAUCAACGAGGGGACCUUCGGGCAUGUUUGGACUGGCAGACAGGGUUAUAGGUGGUGUGGAUUACGUUAAUCCCAUCUCAGUCAAAGAUGCAUCAUCACUGCGAAGACAACCCUCAGUCUUCCACAAUGUGACUCCAAUCUCAGAUCCUGGAGCUACUAGUACAGUUAGUGCUAUUGAAACAUGUGACUACUCGUCACUCAGCAAACUAAAUCUUGCCAAAAACAAAUUCACUUUCUACCCUGAGGCACUUCCGUGUCUCGCUCCAAAUCUAACAGACCUUGACGUUUCAGACAACAAAUUCGAGCAAAUUGAUAUUCAAUUCAUUCCGCAAUCCAUGAAGAAGUUCUCCGCUCGUCGCUGUGGUAUUAAGCGAUUUGGAAACGUUAUGGACAAGAAAAUGCACGCCAUUGUCACUCAUAGCUGUCGCCACGGUGAUACGUUCGGUCACCCGUGUCAACAUCGUGCCCACACGCGUCUUCGUUGCAUUAAUAAUCUUCAUUUAACCAAAAAUAAAUUGCAACACUUGCAAUUAAUUCAUCACAAACCUCACGACGUUAGCUCCCCGGACAACGAUCACGGUGCCGAAGAAAAAGUUUAUUCCGUUAAUCUUACAUCUCUUGAUCUUCUUUACCCAGUUCUCGAAGGAUUGGACGUAUCUUAUAACGACCUGAGGGGAUUGUUCAACCCCAAUAUUGGGUAUCAACAACAUUUGCAGUGGAUUUGGUUAAAUGGAAACGAUAAUUUGGAAAUGCUUCCGCUUGAAUUUGCUCACUUGAAAAACACGAGGCAAUUUACAGAGUUGCAAUUCUGUGACCUCCCGCGCCUGACGGACCCUCCACAAGAGUACCGCUCGGACACGGUCAGUUUGUCACAUCUGCUCAGCUAUAUGAGGUCAAGACUGAAAGACUCCGAGCACUAUCGCACCAUCAAGCUGUUCUUCAUAGGCAGUGGAGAGAGGGGCAAGACCACCCUCCUGCGUAGACUGCAGGGAGUAGAUGUGGGCAAACUCAAGAAGCUGGAUUGCGACCGGACCAUUGGGAUUGAUGUGAUAGACUGGAGGUAUCCCACUGGCACAUCAAUGUUCAAAAGUUCGGGUCAGCCGGUCCACUUUCUGGCCUGGGAUUUUGCCGGCCAGGACGUGUACCACACCACUCACCAGUGUUUCUACUCGAGACGUUCUCUCUACCUGGCUCUGUUUCGUCUCUGCGAUAGAGAGAAGGGAAUCGAUGAACUGGAACAAUGGCUCAGGAAUGUCAAGCUGCGAGCUCCUGGUUGCCCAGUGAUUAUAGUGGGCACUCAUCUGGACAAGGUUGCUGAGGGAGAUGCUGUUAUCCUUGAGAGGAAGGCACUCGAGCGAUUCUCCGACACCUCCAUCUACCCAAAGGUGAUAGCCACGACGAGCAUUAACUCAGUGAGCCGUAACCCACUCAAUAAUCACAUGGAGAAGUUGAGGUGUCUCAUUUACAAUGUGGCCUGUCAUCUCCAGCUCACUAAAGACGGAGGAUUGGAGUACAAACCAGACAUGAAAGAUUCGGAUCCAAAAUCUCUAUUCCAACAACUCAUUCCGACCACAUUCCGUGCUCUCCAGGACCGCCUCCGGGAGCGAGUGCGUGCUGCCAAGAGGGAAGGGGUGGAGGCUCCGAUCAUGGAGGAGGCGGAGUUUAAGCAAGAGUUCCUGGGGAUGUUUGAGGAUGAGGAGGAACUGCAGGAGGCGGUCUACUGUCUCAAUCUACAAGGCACUCUUCUCCAUUUUGAGGACCAUGGUCUUAAGAACAUCUACUUCCUGGACCCACAGUGGCUGGCUAAGCUGAUGGCCAACGUCAUCCAUCCCUCCUCCGCGGAAGAGGACUCACCUAUAAGAGAUGGUGUUGCCGAUGUCAACGCUCUCUUCACCAAGCUCGACGUGCCUCAGGCUAUCAAAGACAAGUACAUCAACCUCCUAGAGAAGUUUGAAGUGGCCCUAACAAUCAAAGGACAGAGGAUCAUAAUUCCUUCUUUGCUGCCCGAUUCUACAAAAUUUCCCAAAGCCGAUGACAAUUUGUCGGAUGUGCAGAUGAGCCCAGGUAUGGACGAUUGUUAUCAACCUCCCCUUAGGCGAUUCUGGAUGUCUGGGUACAUUCCUGACGGGUUCUGGCCACGCCUUAUCUGUAGAGUCGUCAACGAUCAACAGAUUGGAAAGAUCCUACGUACAAUCCUCGGUGAUGACCCUGACCUAAUGGACGAUACGGACGACUCACAGAAACAAGAGGGGGUCAACCUCGACUGGACACCUUGGAAAACUGGCAUCGUGUACAAGUGCCGAGGUCGUACCCUCCUUCUUAUCAAGCAGGAAAUCUGCAGCAGGCCUGUCGACGUUCCCCCAGAAAUAAUCGAGUUAUAUCCAAAUCUUACAGGGGAAUAUCGCAUCGAGGUCCAUAUCUAUACAAAUGAGUGGGUCAAACUUGCCAACGAUUUAUCGGAGCAGGGCAUUCUCAAUUCGUCCUUAUCACCUGACUUUAUUCCCGGCCUAGCUACAAAGCUAUUGGUCGUUUUAUCCACUCAUAUAAAAUCUCUGGCUAUCAAUUAUUUUUCCGGUAUGCUGUUAUCGCAUCUAGGACGUCACGCAGUCACGUACAUGCCGUGUUGGAAAUGCUUCGCAGAAGUGUCUUCGCCACUGCAACCUAAUCACGAAGAUCUCAUCAAUAGUUUGUUUGUUUGGAAGAAGAACACGCCAGUGACAUGUUUCGGUGUGGAGGACAGCAUCGUGAAGGCUAUCAAAGGAGAAGAUUUUGAAUGCAUCCUUCACGGUAAAAUCAAAGUGGUUCACCUGGCUCCUGAUCUGAUAUUCUGGGACCUGGUUACACAGUACGAGGAUAGCUGUGGGCAGCUGCACAUUAUGGAGAGUGAGGUGUUGGGUAAAGGAGGCUUCGGGUUCGUCUGCAGGGGAGACUUGACGCCAGAGCACGGUUCCAAGAAACAGGUGGCCAUAAAGGUGUUCCUCCAGGGUGAUCUGAUGCAGGCAGUAGAGCACUCCACUAUUCAAGAGUUGCUCACCCUCUCACAAGACCCUAAGAACAUCCUCUAUGCUUACAAGGAGAUACGACAGGAAGUGUCUUUCCUUGCUUCCCUCAACAGUCCCUUCCUCACAGAGCUGUGUGGGGUGAAGCUGGACCCCUACAUGUGUCUGAUGCUGGAGCUAGCUCCGAAGCAGUCACUCCGAGUCAUGCUAAAGCGGUACAAGGAGCACAGAAUGUUUCUAGAGCCUCUCACUAUCAAGAACACUGUUCUACAGAUUUCCAAAGGGCUUGAGUACCUCCAUCGCCAUCAAGUGGUACAUCUUGACAUCAAGUCCCCCAACGUCCUCGUGUGGCACUUCCCGUCUCCCCAAGAUAGCCGUCAGCUACGAGUGCGACAAGCCGGCAAUGUCUGGAUCAAACUAGCCGACUAUGGUAUCAGUCAGCUGUCCACCAGGCAGACCUUAAGGGUAGGGAACAACCCGGCUGGUACUCCAGGCUUCAUGGCACCAGAGCUGUUCGAGAGCCCCGGGCAAGAAGUGUCCGCUGAGCAGGUUGAUGUGUUUGCACUGGGUAUGACAUUCUAUGAGAUGCUCAGUCAAAAGACACCAUUUGACAACAUUCACCCACACGUGAAACGUAACCAGGAAGUGCGGAAUAAGCACCGCCCUAUUCCCAGCGCCAAGGAAACCCGCUCACUCAUUUUAUUCCAAGACCUGAUGGCCUUGUGCUGGGACCAUGACCCUGAGAAUAGACCUACAACCAAGCAAAUCGUGGACUGGGUUGACGCACCUGAAUUUGAACGAUUGCGAGCACAGAUUUCGCUGAAUGGUGUCAAGUCGAUCUCUUGUGCGUGCGUUUGUCGGAUUUUACCUGAGAAUGAAGAAGAGGUUCUAUUUCCACAACCUACAAAUGAACGUAAACUGUUCCACGGGGUGGGCGGUGCUUCGUGCCCCAUUGACCCCGAUAAACGCUCCUCCCGUCUGCAUGAUAUGACCUCGUUGCUGGAUCAGCUGGAUGAUGUGUUUAAGAAGUACGGUGAAGCCGACGAUGGAGGAUCACCACAACAAAAUAUUCUAAUCACAAGCGCAGGUGAUGAAAUGUGCAUUGAAACGAAAGGGAAGAAAAUCAAAGAUGAAGAUGAAGAUAUUUACCAGUUCCUGCCCACCAGAGAAACCCCUCAAGAUCAGGACGAGAUACUUGAGGGGGGCGUGGUCAAUGACGUGGCUGUGCAGUGCGAGUUUGAACCUUACACCCAGAUCUGGCUGUGUGGGCGGGGUGAUCGGAAGGGGGUGCUCCAGGUGUUUACGUACAACGAUGGGCACAUCGGACACUGCACCUUCUCUGGCUAUUGCAGUAGCGAGGAAGUGACCGCCAUCUGUCCUGUGCGUAACCUCAUGUGGUUGGGCACUGCAAACGGCACAAUCAAGAUCUUCCAUGCUCCAACACUCAAGGUUCGGUUUGCGGCUAAGAUGGUUGUUCACGGAGGCAAAUCUGCAUCUUUUAUACUCAAUAUCAUCCACGUUGAAGAAGCAUCUUGCGUUCUUGUUGCCAGUCACAACGGAGAAAUUUGGGUAUUUUACGAUCGUGUUAUACAGGGUGGUCUUAAAGUUCGAGAAAGAAUAACUCUGCCGGAGUUUUCGCCGUGUUUUCACCUCGUGAAAGUGCCGCAUCGAGAUCCCGGCAAAGUGGAGGUCUGGGGAACAAUGGAUCAUAAUCGAGUCCUAGUGUUGGAGAGAGUCAAUAAAAAAUGGACGCAGAUAGAGCUUGAAGCGUCGCCUGGAGACUUGAGGCUCAAGCUUUGCUCGUAUAUCGUCCACACAUCUUUUACUAGUCGUACUACGGGCUUGGAGUGCAGUCAUACAUGGGUGUCGUACCGAAAUCGAUCAUUGCUGGUUGGAUUUGAUGCUCUGACGAGGAAGCAGAGGUGUAGACUCAACUGUGCAGAUGCCCUCAGAAAUCGAGAUGACCCAUCUUGCCAGGUAGUCACAAUGGUCGCUAAAGGUGUGAAGUUAUUCGUGGGAACAUCAGGAGGUGUUGUGGGCGUGUUCGAUUCAGAAAGUGUUGAACUUCUCAACGUCUUCUCAUGGCACAAAGAAAAAGUCCGAACUCUGUUAGUAAUGCCAAAAGAAAUGGAAGCAUGCAUAUGCAACGAAAUCCCAUUCAAUAAUUUGGAAUCGGAACAUCAGAAUGGAGUCUCUAAAGGCCACAAGUUUCAGCGCGGGAUGUCUGCUUUUGCGUACCUGGAGAAUCAGCACUGUAUCCAUAAUGAUGAACCUGACGCUGUGAUGCUUAUGAGUAUCGGAAAUGGACGAAGAAAGUAUCAAGUUAGCGAACAAAGCAAGCAAGAACGAAUCAAGAUAUUCAAUGAUACUCAGCACUCUAUUGGGAGGAGACCAACGUCUAUGGACAAACUAGGGGAAGACAUAGUUUUAUUGCAAUGGAGAAGCUAGCUGGCACUAUAAUGUGUGUAUGUGUGUCUAUAUUUAUACACGAUUGUUUGUACUGUGUCAUACCUGUGUUUGAUUAAUCCACUAUA